AUGAAGGUUUCGAAUGCCUGUGUCUUCGCUCUCAUCACCUUCUUCAACCUGAGUACAGCAGUGGUGAUUCCAGAAACGUCUACUACAGACGGAGAUCUGGUCCCAUUCAACAUGACCACUCCCGAAAUCCACCCACCAUUUAUCGUACUCCCCUCCUCUUCCUCCCCGACGAAGACCAAACGCGGUGAGGCUAGCAAAUCCCAAGAGGUUAAAGAACGCGAAAAAGUAGUCCCCAUAUAUGAGAAACCCUGGCCCUGGCAAAGAAAGAAAGAAAAAGUAAAGCCCAAGGUUACACCACGUCCAUGCCCAUACCCCAAGACUCGCCCAUGCAUCACGCAAAAAGAGAUCGAUCAAGGAUGGCAUGAUAAGGCAGGGUGUUACAACAGAUCCUGGUUUUUCACCUACGGGCCUACACAUUGUUGGGAUGCAGGAGAUGAUUGUAUUAAGCCAGAUUGCAGAUAUUAA